AAGCAUUAGCAAUAUGUACACAAGUGCCAGAUGAAUUAAGCUGGCAUUUAGUUUUUCCACCUCCAGUAGGAGAGGAUUGCUUUUAAAAAACUCACGCCUGCUGUGUCGUGUCUGGAGCUGGAGCUGAACGGGGCUGCCAGGAGGGCACGUGUGAAAGGAACCACGGUUGCAGGUUGGAGGCUGCUGGCUAUCUCAUCAGCCCUUGAGGCCUUGCCAGUGCUGACAGAGUGCACAAGCCCACCCACAACACAGAGUGGCUCAGCCCUGCCAGCCCGUGCACAAUGUCUCUCCGCGAGCACGCGCUGUCCCUGUUCCGUGGUGCUGUGGGCACCGUCCGCCCGGCUCCCAUGCUGAAGAGGGCUCUGAAGCUCCAGGGAGAUGGGUGUCCUCAGCUGCUGGUGAAGGGCCAGGCCUUUCCAGUGAAGAAGAACCUGUACCUGGUGGGUUUCGGAAAAGCUGUGCUGGGGAUGGCCGCAGCAGCAGAAGAGAUCCUGGGAGAGCACCUCACUCAGGGGAUUAUCAAUGUGCCACUAGGGAUCCAGGAGAGUCUGCAGAGAGCAGGAAUGCAGGAGAUGCUGCUGAAGCCACACAGCAAAAUCCAGGUCAUUGAAGGUGCCAAGAACAACCUCCCAGAUGCAGAGGCUCUGAAGGGAGCAGUUGCCAUCCAGGAGCUGGCUCAGGGUCUGACUGCAGAUGACCUGCUCCUUGUGCUCAUCUCAGGGGGUGGAUCAGCCCUACUGCCUGCUCCCAUCCCUCCCAUCCUCCUUGAGGAGAAGGAGAAACUCACAAAGAUGUUGGCUUCCCGAGGAGCUGCCAUACAGGAGCUGAACAUUGUCCGGAAGACUCUGUCUGUGCUGAAAGGUGGAGGGCUGGCCCAGCUGGCACAUCCUGCACAGGUGGUGAGUCUCAUCCUGUCUGACGUGAUAGGUGACCCCCUGGACAUCAUAGCGAGUGGGCCCACAGCUGCCAGCUCCCACAGCGUCCAAGACUGCCUUCAGAUACUCACCAAAUACAACCUGCUGCACAACCUGCCCAAGUCAGUGGAAAUGGUCCUCUCCAGCUCUCCCACCAAGCCCACUGCUCCGCAAAGCUACUCCCACGUUUCCAACAUCAUCCUUGGGUCCAACACCUUGGCUUUGGAAGAGGCCAGGCGCCAGGCUGAGGGCCUGGGCUACGCAGCUCUGGUCCUGAGUGCAGCAGUCCAUGGGGAAGUCGGUCGUGUUGCCACACUGUACUGCCAGCUGAUCCAGCUGGUCUGCCUGGGCUUUGCCAGCCUCAGAGAAGGUGCCCUGAGUGACAAGCUGAGGGGCAAUCUCCUGCAGCUGGCAGCAGAGCUACAGAUCCCAGGUUUGGACCUGGACGAGUUUCUAGAGGUGCUGCGAGGAUUAGGGCCCGACAGAGCAGUCUGCAUCCUGGCCGGUGGAGAAACCACAGUCCAGCUCCAGGGAACUGGCAAGGGAGGGAGAAACCAGGAGCUGGCCCUGCGUGUGGGGCUGGGGCUGCACAAGGCUCAGGCCACAGGAGCCAGCAGCCCCCGAGGGAGGUGUGAGAUCCUAUUCCUCAGUGGGGGAACAGAUGGGCAGGAUGGGCCAACGGAGGCAGCAGGAGCCUUCUGCAGCCCAGGGCUGGUGGCUGAGGCACUGCAGGAGGGCCUGGAUGUGGAGGCCUUUCUCAGGAACAAUGACUCCUACACAUUCUUCAGCCAGUUCCAAGGUGGGCGUCACCUCCUGGUGACAGGCUUGACAGGCACCAAUGUCAUGGACAUCCAGGCCAUUUUAAUUAGAGCCAUGGAGAGAUCAUGAGAGCACCCUCUGCAGAUAUCCAGAUGCACUUAAUUAGGAGCAGGAGUAAAUGAAAGCACCAAUGCUGUGGACAAAUGCAAACUACUUAAAUUAGGGCUCACUGUCAAGGCUGCUAGUGUCUUUGACAGAAGGAAUCCACUAAUUAGACACAUGAGUGGAUGUCCACAGCAAAAACAAGCACUUGUAAUUGGGGCCAUCAGAGGAAGGUAAGAGGUCACAUUACAGACAAGGAAACUGGAUUUAAGACCUGUGACUGCUUCAACUAUAGUUAAAUUAAGAGAUGUGGGGAAGUUGAGGCCAUGGCAGGGCAACCAUGGAGAGCCCUUGCUGCACUGUUGCACUUCCAGUGCCCCCAGCUAAAGAGCAGCUCAGCAGUGGGGUUUUAGGGGUUCACUGGAGCAAAUUACAGUGACUGAAGGAUGUACAAGCAGUAAGGCCUGCUCACCUGAAGCAUGGAGGUGUUGGGGGAAUGUGGUGGGACGGGGACACCCAGCAUCCGCUCCACAUGCCAACACAGCGCCCUACAGCUCUUCCCACAUCAGGGUACUGAGAUGACAGAGACCCCAAGCCCAGCAGGAGGCACACCCAGGAGUGUGGCUAAGAAGCACACUGGCAGAGAGUUCUUGAUACUGGCUGGGUGACACAAGCAGUGCACAGUGACAAAGAGGAUGACAUACCUUCAAUGCGCAGUGUAAGGACGGGGAUGAAUGAAGUGCAGUGACAAGCCGGCUGUGUGGAGUCUUCCUCCAGCCUCCUUCCCUCCACAGUAACAUCUUUCCUGCUGGUCCCUGUUGGGAGAGCCUCUGUGCCAGCAGCAUGUAUGCUAUGAGCUUUCAUGGUGUUGUUUUCCAACCGUCUAGAAAACUGUCGUGCAUCCAGCCUGAGCCACUGACCUUUCCUCUGCACUGAGGCAGAAGUCGCUGUCAUUCUGAUUAACUCUGCUAAUUCCACAGAACAAAAGGCAAGGAAACCUUCAUGAUCAGCUCUCCUGACCCAUGCUGCUGAGCUGAUCAAAGGGCAAAUCUGCCAGAUCUGUGCUCUGACAGGGAGCUGCUCCCCCCACAUGCACAUGCACAAGGACACGGUGGUUAUCGCGUUUUUGUCACCUGCUGCAGUGUGAUAUGUGGGAGAGCAGAGAUGAGCUUGGUUUCCCAGGACAUGGAGCUCACAGUGGGGCUGGAUUUCAGGAGGGCUUUGCCUGCAGCAACAGGCAUGCUGACGGUUUGGCUGGAUAUUCAAAGGACUUCAGCUCAGCAGCCAGUGUGACCCAGCACGUCCAACUCCUUUUGAAUAUCUGUCUGUUUGUUACAGAGCCUAAGUGGGAGCUGAGCUCCUUUGAAAAUCCAGCUCUAAUGUAAUAGGACACGCUUGACUCAGACUCUUUCCAGACAGACCGACCUACUCCGAGUGGCUGAUCUCAUCUCGUGACAUAAAUACACCGUUGUGCCAACA